GACUUGUACGGCAGCAUCUUUAACCUGACAAGCAGCGCUAACUACGUUGCUAUUUUUCUUCAAGAAAACUGUGCUCAGUCUACAGAAGCUUCAGGCAGCCAAGGCCGACUUGCACCGCCCAGCAUGGAGGGCAGCGGUAGUGGUUGGCCAACUGAUACUCCGCCCUCCAGCUGCCUGGGCAACACCGGCCCGGAGAACUCCAGCCUGGGCUGCGCAUACGAGGUGGUGGUCCAGUCGGCCAAUGGCACAGCGAAACGCGGUUCGCAGUUUGCUGGGGUGGAGCUCCUCCAGUCGUUCAAACCCCUCAUCAUCCCCUGCUAUGCCUUGGUGGUGCUGGUGGGAGUUUUUGGGAACUACCUGCUGCUGUAUGUCAUCUGCCACACCAGGAAGAUGCACAAUGUCACAAACUUCUUCAUCGGCAACCUGGCCUUCUCGGACAUGCUGAUGUGUGCUACCUGUGUGCCCUUUACCCUGGCUUACGCCUUCAACCCUCGGGGAUGGGUAUUUGGGAGGUUCAUGUGCUACUUGGUGUUUCUCAUCCAGCCUGUGACCGUGUAUGUGUCAGUGUUCACACUCACUGUCAUUGGGGUGGACAGAUACUACGCUACAGUCCACCCUCUGAAGAAGCGCAUCUCUGUGCUGGCUUGCGCUUACCUCCUCUCCGGCAUCUGGAUCCUGUCCUGCGGCCUGGUGGCUCCGGCCGUGGCCCACACCUACCACGUGGAGUUCCGAGAUGAAGGCUUCACCAUCUGCGAGGAGUUCUGGAUGGGUCAGGAGCGUGAGCGGCUGGCCUACGCCUACAGCACGCUCUUUAUCACCUACGUGCUGCCACUCUCGGCCCUCUGUGUCUCGUACCUGUGCAUCUCGGUGAAGCUGCGCAACUGCGUGGUGCCCGGGCACCGCACACAGAGCCAGGCGGAGGCGCAGCGCGCCCGCAAGCGCAAGACCUUCCGGUUGGUGGCGCUGGUAGUGGCGGCGUUCGCUGUCUGCUGGCUGCCCGUCAGCGUCUUCAACGUGCUGCGCGACAUCGACAUCGGCCUGAUCGACAAGCGCUACUUCCUGCUCAUCCAGCUGCUGUGCCACCUCUGCGCCAUGAGCUCAGCCUGUUGCAACCCCUUCCUGUAUGCCUGGCUGCACGACCGCUUCCGUGCUGAGCUGCGUAAGAUGCUUUCCUGCCACCAGCGUGUGGGCGUCGGGAGGCCUGCACACAACUGCCCCACCGCUAGUGUUGUGCUCUGACAGGGGAGACGACCCAAUGGUGCCUCCCCAUUGAGAACAUGGAGCGAAGGGUCUAGAGUCCCAGACGCUUUGUCUUGGUGGGCAUCGACGUAAACCGUGGCAUCCGAGGCUCGCAGACCGCGGUGUCUUGGUUCGGGUGCGUACACACAAUCGUGUAAAUGCUUGCUUGAUUUUGAAAUAUGAGACGCAUCGGUUAGCAAAACCAUGUGAGCAUGCAAAGUCUUUCAUGAUACAUCCACAUGUGGCCGUGUUUUGUAACUGGGCACCAUACAAGAUUCAAGGACUAGUUCCAAGACUUGUGUACCUUCCGUACACAUUGAGUUGUGCCAUUGAGGAUUAAGUACAUGGACAAGGGUCCUGAAGUAAACUCUUCAAAGAGGAAUGAAACAAAGAGGAAUUUACUAAUGUUUGGUAACCCAGACAUCUGUAAGACUUACAAUGUGAAAUGAAUUUUUGAGAAGCCUAACAUUUGAAAAGUAAACAAUUUCAAAGAAAACAUUCAAAAGCGUAAUUUCAGAAUCCGAAUUAUGACAUUUAGGACUUAUGUAAUCGUCAGGUAAUUUGACAUGUUUCAGUCAGAAAAAUGUAUACAUUUUUUUUUUAUUUGUUGUACUAAAAAUUGCAAAUCUUACGAUUGAAUUCCUUAAUCCAUAAAAGGUCAGCAGUAUUAAUUUACAUAUUGAACACUGCAUGUACUUGGGGAAUGUACAUGCUGUUCAUCCUGGUAUGGAAUCCGCCCCCCGCCUUAUCCAAGCCACAAAAUGAACAUCAGAGGUACGUUUAUUUAUUUCACUUGGUACUGCAUGAUGUGAACAAUGAACUUUGGAAAGAAAGACAUUAUUAAGACUGUCAUUCUGCUAGGUAUCAUCGUCUCUGUACUUAGUCCUAGAACACGCUGUCCAAAUCAA